UCCCAGUCAACCGCAUUGAAUACCGCCAGGCCACGGCCGCAGUCAAUGCACUGCUCCUGCUCGCGUCCGCGUGUUCCCCCGUCUCCACGCGUCCGUCCGGCCAGCUCCAGCUCCAGCUCCAGCCGCACCGGCACCGGCACCGGCACCACCACCUCCUCCGCACGCGCGUGCCGCACCGAGCAGGCGUCCCAUCGGUCGCCCACCACGCGCCGCUGCGGCUGGGGGUGGUGCGCGCAAGAAGAAUCCAAGCUCCCCCGGUCCCGAACCGGUGAACUCCACAGUCCGUAGCAGUCUGCCUGCCUGCCUGGCCUACAAGAGCAAGCGGACAAGCGCCACACGGGCAAAGGCCAGUUCACGAGCCCGGCCAAGAACCCAAACCCCAAGCAAGGCCAAGCCAAACCGCGCUUCUUCUCCACCUUCUCCUCGUGCUCCGCUCGGCUUGACUCCUCGCGCCAAUUCCGGGGAACAGGCCAUGCCGGGAGAUGGGGGAGCAACUGGAAGGGCGACGUGGGUGUGCGCGGUUCUCGCGGCGUUCCCAUUUCUAGCGGCGGCGGCGGCGGGGAGGUACCACGCGGUGUUCAAUUUCGGGGACUCGCUGGUCGACGCCGGCAACCUGGUCACGGAGGGCAUCCCGGACUACCUCGCCACCGCGCGCCCGCCCUACGGCCAGACCUACUUCGGCUACCCCACCGGCAGAUGCUCCGACGGCCGCCUCGUCGUCGAUUUCAUCGCGCAAGAGUUCGGCCUCCCGCUGCUGCCGCCGUCCAAGGCCAAGAACGCCAGCUUCGCGCAGGGCGCCAACUUCGCCAUCACCGGCGCCACCGCGCUCGACACCGACUUCUUCCAGAAGCGGGGGCUCGGCAAGACCGUCUGGAACUCCGGCUCCCUCUUCACACAAAUCCAGUGGCUGCGUGACCUCAAGCCAUCGCUCUGCAGCUCCGCGCAAGAAUGCAAGGAGUUCUUCGCCAAGUGCCUGUUUAUCGUAGGUGAAUUCGGUGGAAAUGACUACAACGCCCCGCUGUUCGCCGGCAAGGACCUCAAGGAGGCAUACAAACUGAUGCCCCAUGUGAUUCAGGGCAUCUCCGAUGGAGUUGAACAAUUGGUUACCGAGGGGGCAAAGGAUUUGAUUGUGCCCGGAGUGAUGCCGUCGGGGUGCUUUCCAGUCUACUUGACCAUGUACACUGACCCAAAGGAAGGGCAUGGCUCGCGCACCGGCUGCCUCAAGCGGUUCAACACAUUCUCUUGGGUGCACAAUGCGAUGCUCAAGCGCGCACUUGAGAAGCUCCGAGAGAAGCACCCUGGUGUGAGGAUCAUCUAUGGUGAUUACUUCACGCCAAUCAUCCAGUUCAUACUUCAGCCCAAGAAAUUUGGAUUCUACAAACAACCACCAAGAGCCUGCUGUGGCGCUCCUGGGAGGGGCCCUUACAACUUCAAUCUAACAGCAAAGUGUGGCGAGCCUGGCGCUUCCGCAUGUGCUGAUCCUACAACGCACUGGAGCUGGGAUGGUAUUCACUUGACGGAAGCCGCAUAUCGACAAAUUGCCAGAGGUUGGCUUCAUGGACCAUUCGGAGACCAGCCUAUUGUGCAAUCGUCUUGAGUACAGCCAGCCGCUCCUCCUGUUGUACCUCCUCUAGAGUGUACCAAAAUAGCACACCAUGACACCAAACUGGAUCCGAUAAGGUAGUAGUAGUUCCAUGUAUAUCUCCUUCCAUUUCAUCAUUGCAGUCAGGUAAAGAGCCGAGAUAGGGGCUAUUAAUUAAAGCAUGAUUUCUUCAUUCAUGGUGGUGGUAUAAGUACAAAGUGUAAUGCACACAACAGUUCAUAUGAUACAGGGAUGAUUCCCUGUUGUCCAUGAUGACUCCCAGUUAGAAAUCACUAUGGUGGUUAGCUCCGACUUCUGUCUGAAUAUAUAUACUCCUACUCUGGAGCCUUAUCCUCUUUGUGCACAUGCAUGAUUCGAGCGGAAUCUUCUGAUCUGAGAAAAUAAGAUUGCUUGCGACUUGUAUGCA